GUCUCGCAAAACAACUUUAGGAUUUUGUGAUUUCCAGCGUUUUAAGAAUCCGGAAUCUCUCUAAAAAGUGGGAAAUCCUUAUUUCACGGAUAGUCAGUUCACGGAUAAACGGAAAUGAUUUGUGUUUAGGGUACACCACGUGAAUUGUAGCUGCGGAUUGUGAACGUUUAGCCACGUAGCGACACCGGCUGCAGGAUGCCGAAAAAGAUGGGAAUCAACCCGAAAGCCGCCGAGGCCCGGGAACGGAAGGCGGAUGCCAAGAAAGCCGCGACCGAGAAGGCGGCCAAGGCUGCCGAAGAUGCCCUCUGGGUGGACGACGACAAGCAGUUAGCGAAGAAAAAGAAACAAAAGGAGGAGGAAGACCGCCGUAAAGCGGAAGCCGCACGGAAGAAGGCAGAAACGAAGGCACUGCUCGAGCAGGAGAUGAACUCCAUCAAGACAACGGCCAAGGUGUCGGUACAGAAGAUUACGCGGUCGCAGAUCGAUGCCGAGGUCGAGAAGCGUAACCGUGCGAUUGAAACGCUAAGCUCUCACCCGCCCAAGACCAUCGCAGAACCGAAGGUGGCACCGUUGGAGGAAAACCUUAACCGGGUGAUGGCCGAUACGGAGGUAGCCCAAACCAUCGAUCAGGCGAUCGCGGUGCUGAGCGUGAGCGGGGAAGGUGGUACCGAUCGACAUCCCGAGAAGCGUAUGAAGGCCGCGUACAAGGCGUACGAGGAGGAGCAACUGGUGCGACUGAAGCAGGAGUAUCCCUCGCUGAAGCUCUCGCAGCUGAAGCAGAUGAUCUUCAAGAACUGGCAGAAGGCACCGGAGAAUCCAAUGAACCAAAUCUGAACACCCCGCGGCCGGUGUCCGGUACAGGUGUGAUUGUGUGAUGAACUAUACUUCGCGGUGCUGUGCUGUGCGCCAGUGCAAUCAACGUCGAGUCACAAUUUUCAUUCUCCGAGCUCAAGAAAUCCAUUGUUUCAUUGCGAAAUGGUAAGCAGGCGCUGCUCUUAUCCGAUGGCACUGCCUGUGCUGCGGUCCCGUACCAACGAGAGGGCAGCGUUUGUGCUCGAAAUGAUCUAAAUAAACCGUGAACUGCAAGUCUAAGACUUA